AUGUCCUCCACAAUGAGCGCAGGGAUCGCUGUUGGCUUGCUAGUAUCUUACUGGGUACAAUAUGGAGCGCUUAAGAUUUCCGGAACAGCCGCGUGGCGCAUGUGCUUUGCCUUGCAGCUAGUACCUGGGGUCUUAGUGGGUAUGCUGAUUUAUCUACGCCCAGAAUCUCCACGCUGGCUGUUUCAACACGAUCGCAGCGACGAGGCACUUCAAGUUUUGGCAGACCUUCAUGGCCACGGUGACUGCACCGAUCCAUCCGUACAAGCCGAGUUCCAAGAAAUCCGAGUAGUCGUGCAAUAUGAGGGCCGCGCACCUCCCCCAUCAUACCUGAGCCUACUCGCUAAAGCGCCCUACCGGCGUCGCACUGCGCUAGCAAUGGGUCUACAAUUUAUGCAGAACAUUAGCGGCGUCAACAUCGUCUUCUACUAUGCGGCCAAGGUAUUCGCGCAGACUGGACGCACCGGGACUCAAGCGGCAAUGCUAGCGAACGGCAUCGGAUCCUCCCUCUUCCUAGUUGCCUCCUUUUCGCUCACUGUCAUGAUUGACCGAUACGGUCGACGGAAGCCACUAAUUAUCGGCCCAAGCCUCAUGGGCAUCUGCAUGCUUGUUGUUGGCAUGUUACUAGUUGGCUACGGCUCGCCGCAUUUCGAUGCCGAAUCCCAGCAGUUGAAAUACAGCUUUGCGAACGUCAAGGCCGGCAAUGCGGCUGUGGCAUUUGUAUUUCUAUAUAUGAUUUCCUUUGGCUCAACGUGCGCUGCGUUGCCCUGGACUUAUCAGAAUGAGGUGUUCCCUAUCUCCGCGAGAGGCAGAGGGACUGCACUUUCUGCCUGCAUUAAUUGGUUUGCGAAUUUUUGGCUCGGUUUAUAUAUGCCUGAAGCGUUGAAUAAGGCUGCAUGGAAGAUUUAUUUCGUUUUUGGGGGUGUUUGUAUCGCGACUUCUUUUGUUACGUAUUUGUUCUAUCCGGAGACUGCACAGCGGUCGCUCGAGGAGCUGGAUUUGUUGUUUACGCCGAAUCGGCGUAAGCUGGUUUGCUUUGACUGGGAGGCAUGUCAGAAGGGGUCAUUGCUGCAUCGUGAUUUGGAGGGAGUGGAGGUGGCACAGCAGCUGGAAACUGCGCUGGUCAUGGGAGGGAUUGAGAAGACAGUGUGA